AAUUGUUUGCUUACCUAUGAAUUCAUAAAACAUGAAAACAUUUGGGCUGCUUCUAGCACUUUUGGCCCUGGACAGUAGUUUCCAGUCUAGAAACUACAAACAUGGCCAUAUUUGGUGGCGUUUCUAGUCGCACAUAUAUGGCGUAAUUCGCGGAGGGAUCCCUGCUUGUCAGAACCAUGGUGAGAUCGCAGAGAAGGCAGUGAACAGGAGAUCUAACGUAUAGCUCAAACCCUCAAUAGGACGGAGACACUUCACCGUGAGGAGGUUCUGUCGUGAACAUCUGGGAAAACAAAUGUUAACUUUCGGAUAGUAUCGACCGCUAGACUGUCUAGCGUUCCUGGGAGCUGGCUUUCAGCUGACUUACUGGCGUUCUGCGGUGGAAAUAGCACAAAAAAUGUCGUCUCCGAGUCCGGGUAAAAGGCGAAUGGAUACCGAUGUGGUGAAACUCAUCGAGAGCAAGCAUGAAGUCACCAUCCUCAGUGGACUCAAUGAAUUUGUAGUGAAGUUUUAUGGCCCACAAGGAACGCCGUACGAGGGAGGCGUGUGGAAAGUGCGAGUAGAUCUUCCUGAUAAAUACCCAUUCAAAUCGCCAUCCAUAGGAUUCAUGAACAAGAUUUUUCAUCCCAACAUUGAUGAAGCGUCAGGAACAGUGUGCUUAGAUGUCAUCAACCAGACAUGGACAGCUCUUUAUGAUCUGACCAACAUCUUUGAAUCGUUCCUGCCCCAACUGCUGGCUUACCCAAACCCCAUCGACCCCCUUAACGGCGACGCAGCUGCCAUGUACCUUCAUCGGCCAGAGGAGUACAAACAAAAAAUCAAAGAGUACAUUCAGAAAUAUGCAACAGAGGAAGCUCUGAAGGAGCAGGAGGAAGGGACGGGUGACUCUUCAUCUGAAAGCUCCAUGUCUGAUUUCUCAGAAGACGAAGCCCAGGACAUGGAGUUGUAGUAAUAAAGGGUUCCCUCCCAAUCACUCCCCUUCCUUUAACCCCCAAACCCCCCACAGAGACUAUAUUUGAUUUCCUAACCACGAGAAAGCAGACUUAUAAUAUUCAUAUUUAAACAAGUUGAUUUUUUUAUUUUUAUUAUUACGACUAAACAAGGAUUUUUAUGGAUAUAUAGCCUUUGGUGUGUUUUGACAGACGCCCCUUCUCCUCUGUAGUCGUUCUCCCCGAUAGCGUUCACAAUCUCUGCUGCAUUUGUUCGAUGUUGUAAAAUUCCUCCCUCCACCCGAAGCGUCCCGUUUCUUUGCUUAGACUUUUUUUUUUUUUCUUUCUUUUUAAAUUUGACACAGUCAUUUUCCUCCAUGCAAAUUGGCAACGUGUCGGGUUGCUCUUUGAAGGCGAAAAGUGCUCCCAUUUCCUCCCAAGACAGUAUUUGUAAAAAAAAAAAACAAAAACAAAAAAAACUUGAUAACUUUUGAGACAAAAGUUGGCUUUGCUUGCAAAUUUGAAACGAAAUCCGUUCUGCGUAUCCCUCCACCGUCCCUCUCUGCUGUGCUGGUUGCGUUGCGCACAACUGUUGCAAACUAGAGCAAGUAAGGGGGGGGGGAACGAUGCUUCUGUUUUAUUCAGGUUACAAAACUCUUAUUUUAAGGCACACAGCCCCAGUAGACGCUCAUCGAUGAAUGCAGAAUACGUGCUAAGCAUAUCUCUGGUAACAUAUACUAAUGAAGAAGAAAAGUCUGGAAUAAUAAGGUCUGUUUCGGUUUAAGUGCUGUGUCGGAUGUUACAUAUUUUUUGUUUUAGUCUUUUGACCGUCUUGGUGUUUAAAAGAAGAAAGGGAAAAAAAACAGGCAAGAUAUUGCAGAACAAAUGAAUGCCUGUCUGACUACAGGGUGACAUGGAUUGCUCUGGGUAUAUCUGGUUUAAGCGUAUUUAGUAAAAAAAAAAAAAAAAAAAGUCUGUAAUAUAAACUAUAUUUUGGCCUGUUUUUUUUUUUUUUUAGAAUAAAAUUAUUCUUAUUAGUCAGAAAGCAGAUUGUCCUUGUUGCUAAAAACCAGCAUGAAAGGGAGUUUUAAACUUGUGAAGCAUCCCAGGCCCAAUGAUCUUUGAGUUUUUGGGUUGAAAAUGAGGAGCGCUUUUUGUUUUUUUGUUUGUUUGUUUUUUUUUUUUUUUUGGUCGCUACAUACAGGUUAGUCCUUCUCACAUUCCACUGCUGCGCUCUAUACCCUUUGUAAUCGGUCUGACCUGUGCUGCGUUACCUAACAAGAGGCAGUCUGCUUUUACUAAGAAGAAGAAAAAGACAUUUGGAGGUCGGGGGGGAAAUGUAUGUAGAAAUCGGUCUCCUUAAACUAAAACAUCUCAGUGUGGUAAGUAAUGAUGCCGAAAGAACAUUACAAGUGCAAACAGAAGUUGUUUCUAUUACCCUAAACUUUUAUUACCUGUACUCUUUAAAAGAAAAAGAAAAAUCGUUCACUUUGUGAUAAAAAUAUUGAGGUUUUUUUUUUUUUUUUUUUUUAAAUAAAGUGUCUGUAUACUGCAUUUUGGCUCUGACUUCCUAACCCGCCCCCCUCCCAAAAAAAAAAAACAGUUUGAGCCAAAACAUUAACUUUUUGAUGCUGAUCAGGGUGAAAAUUGGUGCAAAUCCAGAAAACUGACAUAUUUUGUAGCUCUGGUUCCCAGGAUGAAAAAUGCAUGCUUUCUGGGAAGUCAUCACAUCACCUUCAGUCUAAGCUCCCCUUCCCUCCUCUUCUGUGCCUCAUCAUUGCAUCAAAAAACUCAGCAAAAACUCAUGUUUUUAAGAAGCCAUGGAGACGACUUGUUAUAUUCUGGAGAAGCACAUCGUUUUAACUCUUCCUCCUUUUUCUUUUCUGGGUGCGAGUCCAUUGUGUUGUCUUUGUGCGUCGACACAAAAUUCAUCUGGAGCGCUCCAGGUUUUCUUAUAGCUAAUGUUUGAAGUAAUCUUUGUUUCUGUUCUGCGUUGUGGUUAACCAUGUUUCGCCUAGAAGGUAUUAAAGAACAAAAGCAAGCUGGAAAUCAUGCAGGAAUUGUUGAGCUGUUUUUUUGUUUAUUUUUUGUUACGUCAGGAUAGAUAGGUUUGUCGUUUGGUAAACCUACAAAUUAGGUUCCUUUAGUCUUGGGUUAUUUUCACUCUCUCAUCUAACCGUAUAGACGCACCCACUCGAGCUUGUACAGCGAUUUCACACUAGGCAGGUUUUAUUUUUUUGAGCUGUAGCGCUUGUGACAGAUCUGACUUGUACAGAAAGCAGAAAUGUGGCUCGGGCCUUUCUUCUGUCGGGCUGUUUUUGUGCUCUCGGACAUCCACUCGUUCGAAUGUAGAGGCAUCCCUUUUGUUUUCAGUUUGUAAGAGAAUUUUUUUAUUUAUUUUUUUUUAAGGUGUUUUAAUUUCUCUCACCUGCAGCUGUGUGGCUUUUGGUGAAAGCUUUCCUUUCCGAGAUGUUCCACGUGUUCCCUUCUAGUUUACGUACGGCUUGUGACACUUGGCUUGGCCAUCCUAGGAAAAAUAUAUUUUUAAUAUACAAGCUGAUUUUAUCAUGCAAACGUCUUAAAAAAACAAACAAAAAAAAGUAAAAAAAAAAAAACAAAAGCUAUUAAAACCAUCUAGAGUGGAAAUGCACCAGUCGGUCAGCCAGAAAUUGGAAUCUGCAAGUUUCCUUUUGGUCAUUCUCUCAUUGUCAAAUACUGAAAUCUCCCCUCCUAAUUAAAUUUCUAAAAUUAAGACUGAACAUUUUUGUCAUAAAAAUGCAUCGGUGCAUUUAUUUAAGUUUAACUGAAAUCGGAUCAAACUUGGAGUCACAUUCAUUGUCGCAUCCAUGAGGAUAAUCUUGUAAUUCUUUCAUUUUGCGUUGGAUUCAAAAACUAACAUGUCUAUCAAACAAUUUGCAACGCUGCUUUUUUGGCCUCGGAGGUCAUUUUUAGUGGCUGGGAAAAGCCUGAUGGAUGCAUCUCUACUUCAGAGACAUUGUUAUACCGGAGAGCGCCGAGGUUGGCGUGUUUCCAGAAAAGAAUCGUUAAAAAUAAGGUCGACUUCCCCAAAUACGAGAAAUGACUUCAACUUUUCUGGCACUUUGCAUCCGCUGAGCGUUAAGGCGUCUAGUGUUGACCUGAUGUUGGUUCCCAUCUUGGAGCUUCUUGGCUGUUGAGGACCGUAAUCUGUGCUCGCCUGCGCACCCGGCUGGAUAAAACGACGAGGAGCUUAAGCCAAACUUCAAAAGCCCCUACUCUUUGUUAGCACAACCGAAGAGUCGUCUGCACAAAAAGAUCCCGCCUCUUUCUCUCUCUCACUCCGCUGUGUUGACUGUGUCUCCUUUUAGCAGUUGCAUGCUUCUCAGUGCGCACCUUCACUCAGUUUCUGGUGCUUGUGUGGAUUUUCUAACCCCUUCCAGGCACUCCUACCAUCAUCAGGCCCUUUUUAUCAAGCACACACUGCGUUGAACAUGUAAGUUUGAGGGGGGGGGGGAGAAAACAGAAAAAAAAAACUAUGUAUUUGGUACCUAUUGUGUGAUACUUGCAGCGUUUAAAAAGGCAGAAGGUUUUAUGUUUUGAUCUGUUUGAAGAAGUUCAUUCUGGUCUUAAUUUUUUCAUCUUAUUUUCCCUUUUUUUUUUUUUUUUUUUUUGCCCUCCCUCUCCCAUUGUGAAGUGGGCAUGCUUGUCAAAAAGACAAAUGCUCUCUGUUAACAGGCUUAUAAUCUCAUAAAUAGUUGUGUAUAAAAUAAACUGUUAUAACUUCUUUUUUUAAUAAAACAUUGAAUAUGUAUACGC